UGGGGGCGGGAAAGGGCGGGGAGGCCGGGGUGUGGAAAGUGUGGCGGCCCCGCCCCGUCUCUUGGAACUGCCGCGGCCGCCACCGCCCCCGCCGCCGCUGCUGUAGGGGACCAAAGCGGGUGCGCAGGCGAAAGGCGCUCUUUCUUUGCUGAAAGUUCCCUCGGAAAAGCUACCCUCUCCUCAGCCCACCAUGGCGGAUGAAAUUGAUUUCACUACUGGAGACGCUGGGGCUUCCAGCACUUACCCUAUGCAGUGUUCGGCCCUGCGCAAAAACGGCUUCGUGGUGCUCAAAGGACGACCAUGCAAAAUAGUGGAGAUGUCAACUUCCAAAACUGGAAAACAUGGUCAUGCCAAGGUUCACCUUGUUGGAAUUGAUAUUUUCACGGGCAAAAAAUAUGAAGAUAUUUGCCCUUCUACUCACAAUAUGGAUGUUCCAAAUAUUAAGAGAAAUGAUUAUCAACUGAUAUGCAUUCAAGAUGGUUACCUUUCCCUGCUGACAGAAACUGGUGAAGUUCGCGAGGAUCUUAAACUGCCAGAAGGUGAACUCGGCAAAGAAAUAGAAGGAAAAUACAAUGCAGGUGAAGACGUACAGGUGUCUGUCAUGUGUGCAAUGAGUGAAGAAUAUGCUGUAGCCAUAAAGCCCUGCAAAUAAAAAUGGGAACAUCAGGCAUGAGCAAACUGUUUAGGUCUGGAUCAACUGCAGAUCUAAAGUUUGGUCCUAAGUUGUCACCAAAGCUAUGGCCUUCAUAAGCAACCUCAUUUAUUUUUUGUUAUCAAAUUGUGCUGAGUUAGUUUUGCAGGCAGUUGGUAAUUUUAAAAAUAUCAAGAUGUGUAAUUUUUUUUUUAAUUUUAUAGGUGUUUUUCCUAUAACACUCCUGUGGUUUUCCAUAUGAGUCCAGAAAUAGACAAGGUAGCUUUAGCUUGACCAAAUCAUUCCUGAAUUUUAGUUAAAUGAUAAAUAAACCAGGGUUUUAAGUGAAACAAUGUAGCUCUAGUGGUAUUUAAAUAACCACAUUUCAGUUGAAUUGCUCUGCAUUAACUUCAGACUUAAUAUCAUAGAGUAAGUAAAUUAUGGAUUGGAACUGUCACAGUUUCAGCCUGUGUGUGGCAAGCACAAAUCCUUAAACAAAAAUAUUAUCAAAAAGUGUCAGUUAUCUUAGCAGCCAUGUGUACCCACCUGUAUUAUCUUAGUCCUACUCUUCUUUGCUAAAUUGUUGGCCAACUUAAUAUAAUCUUAUGUAUGGUGAUUUUCAUACCUGCUUGUGGUUGACAGGCAUUAACUGUUGGGCGAUUAUUAGUCACAUUAUAAAGAAGACAAGGAACAGCGGCAAAGGGGGUUGAUUAAAGUUAUAGGUUUUUAUUUAAGGCCUUCGUAAUCAGCAUAAAAAUAGAAAGUUUCUUUCUAGUUGUACUUUUGCUUUUAACUUUUGUAUUCUCUCUGUUUAAAGGAGUGAACUGCUUUAUUGGAUACUAUGCAGUGCUUUUUGUCAAUUAUGUUGAUUUUUUUAAUCAAUUAUAUUGAUAAAUUAUGUCAAUAAAAGUUGGUAUUUAUAGUAGUCACUUCUUUCCAACCAUUUGUAAGUAGACUUUUUGACAUCAAAAUAUUUAUUUGUAAGACAAAAACUGGAAUUCUUACUUCAAAUUGAUUUGGAACAUGUUAAAUUUAUGUACAUUUUUUUCUAAAGUGGAAUGAAAGUGAAUUAGAAUUAUGGAAGAAAAGUUACUUUAUGUAAUAAUCAUUAUUUAACUUAAUAAGUACAUAUGUGUAUUUCUUUUCUGAUUAUCAUGUGACUUAAUUCUGUUACUCAUGUGAAAUAUAACUAGGAAAGAAUUCUAUAAACUGAAGUAUUUUAAAAAGUGUUUUAGAUGAUUUUGCUACAUUUCUGUUUAGGCUUUUACAUUAUAUAUACUUCAUUUCCAGAAUUCUAAACAUUGUCACAGGGUUUGUGAGGACCUUCAACUCAAUAACAAUAAUUAUACUGGAGUGAAACUUAGAGCAAGAUUACUAUUUUAGUAAUACCGUCAUUCUCUAAGACUGAUUAUGAUACAUCUCCCAUCAUGCCUUGACUUAUAUAAGGCCUCUAUUCUUAUCAUCUAAAGGAAAAUAUAUAAGAUGUUGUAACUGUUCUAAUUAGUGACUGGAAAUUGCAUUAGGAACAGAUCUCAAAGUUUUAGUUACUUAAUUUGCUCAUACUUUUAAGUCUUGUGUUAGCCUCAGCAAACCCACUUGGACAAAAAGCAAGAUACUUUAAGGAAAUGCAAGGAGAAUUCUAAAGCACAAGAAGUGUUGAGGUUGUAGUUAAUAAUUUUUAGUGUAACAUUUUAGCUUUUGCCCAUCUAAAGCUCAAUUAGGAAUUAGGCUAAAUUCUUUCCAGUAUUCCAUUUGAGUAUCUACUACAUACUGCUCUAGUUUUUUUAGUACUUUGUAAUGUGUAUCUUACUUGCUACUUGUUGGCAUUGUUACCCACAGGAAUUCCAGAGAGUUAUCAAUCUGUGCUGCUUGCUGGUCAAACAUAUGACCCCAGUUAACCAUGGUAGUAGUCUGGUUCAGUAUUAGUUAUGGAUCAGCAUGCCCUUGUUCUUCCUAACUCGUCAAACUUCACAUAAAUAUAUUUUCGAUAGCGAGGUAAGUGUAUAUAAAUUAUAAUAAUGCAUCUCUAUCUUCAUACCUUGAAUGGCAAAACCUAUUUAUGCAUAAAUAUUUCAUUUUAAGUACUAUAAUGAAGUAUAAAUACUCUGACAUAUAAGUAUAGAUUUUAAAGAUACGGGACUUUGUUUAUUUUCAUGUAAGUCAAUAUAUGUUUCUCUAGAACAAAAUAUUUCAUUUAGUAAAGCUUUAUAACAUUAAAAAGAAGCAGGGAAACAUUUUUUAACACAAAAUGGAAGUGACUUCAUUCUUUUGUGACAUUAGAAAUGUUAAUAGUUGAUUAUCAGUAUUUGUUGUACUUUUUUGUAGCAAAUGUUAAGUAUUACAGGUUACCAUGUAUAGAAUGUAGACUGUCAUGAUGAUAGAUUAUACAGUGAUAAACCAUUUUUGUCUGCAGGCAUUUUACCAGUUUAUAUAAUAUUAACAAGUGGAAUAUGUUUCUUUUUAGAACACCAUUUUAUUUCUACUGUAAAUACUUUGUUAUACCUUAUUUGCUACAAGGUUGUAUACCCUCUGAAAUAGUCAAAUCAUUGCUACUUUGACUUAGCAUUUGAGUCAUAAUUAUAAUUAUGAUGUUUCUUUCAUGCUCCCCUCUAAGGGCUGUCAGUCACUUGAAACUGUUGCUAACCAAGCUCUUGAAUCCGUUUCCAUUGAUGAUGCAAAAUUCAGUACCAAUGCUUUAUAACAAUUACCAAAACUUGCCUGCAGCCAGAGCAUGAUAUCUUUAGUAGUAGAUACUUCAAUAAAGUGUUUAGGCUAUGAAAUUUGGGGACACAGUUUUUCAUUAGAGCACAAUAUGUGUGCAUGUGCACACAUAGCUUUGUAUGUUUGUUCUUUUUACAAAGUCUUUCCAACUCUUAAAAAAGUACUGUAGUCUGGUAGUGCCUCAAAUCUUGGUAACUUUUUUUUUAAUUUACAACUUUUCCAGAAUUUGUUUUUGUACUUUAAAGUUUCUCAAUUAGAUUAUUUCUAGUUGAGCUGUAAUUUGAAUGCAUUGUUCUCAGGGCUGUUUGUGCUAAGAGCUGAAGUUUCAUUAUUUUAAAGCUAACUGCCUGAAAGUAUAUUGCAGAAUUUUCCCAAAUUGUAUUACAUGCAAAUAAAAAAAUCCUUAAUGUUAACAUACUUAAACUAUAUACUGAAUAUUCAAGAAAAAAAUUAGAACGUUACUAAUAUCUGUACUGGAAUCUUGCCAUAUUUUUUCAUUUUAGAAUAGAAUUUGAUAGUCUUAUCUUAGAAUCCUAUCCUCAGUGAUAUAUUUGAAAGCAUUCCUUUAGCAUGGACCCAAAAGAUAGUUUCAAAGCCAGACACUGAUGUAGUAGUACUCAAACAUAUUUAGGGACAACAGAUCGAAAUUUAUAAUGCUCUUUUGAGUAUAUUAAAAUGUUUACAUAUUGAAUUCUAUAAUAUGAACGAGGAACAGACUUACUAUGAGAAAAUCCGGCUCUUAAGAAGAGCCAACGAAAGGCAUAUUUCCAUAAAUAGUAUAUUAUUUUGAACUGAUCAACCGUUUAAAAUUUUCUAAUAUCAUUUAGGCAUAACAUUUCACAGUUUUCGAGCCUUUUUCCUCCUGUUAUUAAGGCAAGUAAUAGACAACCAAGGCUUAAGAAAACUUUUUUGUGGAAAAUCUUAAAAUUGAGAAAAUUCAAUGUAUUAACUUUAAUCUAUUAAAUUUUUUUCUUCUGAAUUGGUUAUAUGGCAUCAUUAUUUGAUUUUAGCAGGGAACAUUUGGAUUUAACUUAUGGAGCACAGAUGUUCUGUGGGUACAUGGCUCAAAGUCACUAUAUCAUUUAAUGUUUUUCCAUUAAAUAAAUAUCUGAACAUCAACUUAACUACCAAGUGAAUGAAGUCAAGUGCCUGAAAAGUGCUGUAUACAUCUAAUUAACACAUUUUCCUUAUGUGAAAGAUGCAUCUUAUAGCAGUGCCUAUCAGGCUUUCACGCGCUAGAAACAUAAUUGUUGCCAAAAUUUUACCAUCUACCACUAUUCCUCUCUCCUUCAAACAGGUUAAAAACUAUGUUACAAUUGAAAAAGAGGUUCUUUUAUUUAUAUGAAGUCCCUAAAACUAUUUCUUAGUUUUGGUAGAGUUAGAUUUAUCUUAGUUCGAGAUUGCACUUUUGAAAAUCUAGACACUAAACUAUAUUCAGUGAUUACUGUACAGCUUGUCAUGAGUCAUAGUUGUGAUCUUUCCUGAAAUGAAAUCUUUAUUGUGGUUAAUAUCUAUGAUAAAUAAGCACUUGUGCUUGUUACAACGUCUAAUGCAAAUUACUAGUUCUACACUAGAAUAAUGAAAAUGACUAUUAUGUACUUUUGUCCUCCUCUCCAAAAAGGAAAUAGUUUGAAUAGCAUUGUCUAAUCCAAUGGCACUUUAUUAGUAAUACAUUUUAUUUGUCUUAGGUGUAGGAGAACUCUUUCUUUUACCUGCUUAGACUCAUGUUUUAACUAAAACUUUAAAAGUGUAAGAUAUGUAGUAUUGGUAUUGUGCAUUUUACAUUUCAAAAAUGGGAAAAAUUCAAAUGUUAAGUCUUUGGCUAUACUAAAAUACUUGUUAGAAUCCUUUAAAAUGUAGAUAGUAAACAAUUGUAAUUUUUUGUUACAUUAAAAUGUAUUUGUUAAGUUCAUCAGUUAUAUUAAAAAUAAAGUUAAUUUAACAGCUUG